GGGGAGGAGGAGGAGGAGGAGGAGGAGAAGCCGAAGGCAGCGCGGGCAGCAGGCGGUGGGGAAGGAGAGGGGGGCGUGGUCCGGGGGGAGCCUCUCUCUCCCUCGCUUGGCUGGCUGGCGGGAGGGAAAGUCUCCGAGGCAGCGCGGGGGGCUUCAUCCUGCACAGCUUCUGCGGCGGCCCCCCUCCUCGUCGUCGCCCCCCCCUCUUCACCCCAAUCAUGGAGCCCAAGCCGCGUCUUUUCAAACGCUUCGCCUCCUCAGGCGGCAGGAUCUGCUCCCCGCCGCCCGGCUUGACGUCCGCGGGACCCUGCUGCCCCGACGGCAGCCCCCCGGCGCCCGGCUUGUGCUGCGGGGUGAUCUCCGCCUCUUGCAAACCGCUCGCCUCCCCGUACCCCCCUUCCUCCUCCUCCUCCGAGGCGGCCAGCAACGCUGUCUACACGGUGCUGGUGGAAGAUCCGGCGUCGAUCCGGAGGAGGUCCCGGCGCCGGAGCUGCGAGGACGGCGCCGGCAGGAGCUCCCCGGCCGGUAGCAAAGGCAGGCUCCAGCUUUUGCAAAAGAGUCCUGCCCACUGCAGUGGGAAGGGGCUUCCGGUGGAAGCGGAGCCGAUCAACGGGAGGCCGAGGCACCUGUCCGAUCCCUCGGUGCUGAAGCGGCCGGAGGAAGAGGCGGCGGCGCUCCGACUCCUCGACCAGGGCCCUCUGCAUCAUUCAGCCUACAUCCCAGUACCCAGGCAAAGAAAGUUGUCUGAAAAGGCGGGGAUUGAUGAGGUCAUAGCGGCUGCAGUCCUCACGAGCCUGUCCACCAGCCCGGUUGUGCUUAACCACCCAUCCAACGGUUUCAGCGCAGAAACCAACGGUGAUGUUUGGAAGGAAGUUCCGGCCAUGUCCUCCAGCUGCAGCAGCAGCAGUAACAACAGCGGUGACUGGGGCUGGGACCCUCCCAGUGACCUCUCCACCCCCUCGACGCCGUCUCCACCGCUGUCCACGGAGGCUCCCGCCAGCUUCCUUCCCUCGCUGCAGUCGGAGCUGGAGGAGACCGAGGCGACCCACUUCCUGUUUGGUGACCCCAUCCCCAGGAAGAGGAAGAACUCCACCAAGGUGAUGUUCAAGUGCUUGUGGAAGAACUGUGGGAAGGUGCUGAGCAGUUCCUCUGGGAUGCAGAAACACAUCAGGACCAUCCAUCUGGGAAGGAAAGCUGACCUGGAUCAGAGCGACGGGGAGGAAGACUUCUACUACACGGAGCUGGACGUCAACAUGGACUCCUUGACGGACGGCCUGUCCAGCCUGACGCCCGUCUCCCCCACCUCCUCCGUGCCCCCGGCCUUUCCCGCCCUGGAGGAGGUGCAGCCAGCGUCAGGGGUUCCUUCGUUCAGUCCGGACAUUUCCGCGGCGCCUCAACUGAGCCAGCCGACGCACAUGGCUAUCCUCAGCCAAUCGGCCCCCACGAGUGUCUGCCACAUCCAGGCCGACCAUGCGUACCAGGCAACGGGUCCUGCUGGCGUGCUGGCUGAUCUGAAAGUGCCACCCACUGGAAUGGAAAUCAGCAUAUCAUGGCAGCAGCCAACAUUUUUCCCACCUCUGCCCCCUGUCCUUUUUAAAAGCCCCCCGGGCUGCCUAACCCCUAUCCGGCCUGCUGACGUAGGAGAAAAGCGCCCACAGGUCCCUCCUGUGCCCGCUGCCAAGGGGCACCCACCAGUGCCCUCUUCCAUGCCAAAGCCUGCCACGGGCACAAGGAAGCCUCGCGGCGAGGCCAAGAAGUGCCGCAAGGUGUACGGGAUGGAGAACCGCAGCAUGUGGUGCACGGCCUGUCGCUGGAAGAAGGCCUGCCAGCGGUUUGUCGACUGAGCCGAGUCUCCCUGCAGCCCAGCUCCGGGGAGGCCGCCCGCCCGGGCUCCCCCCCUCCUCGUCGCGCGAUUUGCACUUCUGUGCCUUCCAGCCUGGUCGUCCGUCCGCCCCCUUCCUGGCAGCACCUCCCUCUCCCCCACCCUGCCCCCACCCAAGGUGGGGACUCCCAUCUGUGCCUUGGCUCAGGAAAAAGGAGAGAGUCUGCCGCGGACGGUGGCAUUGUAGCUUUGCAAGGAGGAAGGAAGGUGAACCUCUGCCUUUCCCAAGCUGUGCACGGCCCAGGCAGGCCCUCUCGACGCCCACAAUAGGAACACUCUGGUGCUCUUUUAUCCUAACCUUUUUUUUAAAAAAAGACCUGCCACCAACCUUUCUCGGCCCAAUGGCAGCUUUUUCCACAUCCACACAUGUGAAGAUCGAGCCUUUUUUGGGGGGUGUGUGUUUUCUGUUUGAAAUAAGCUAUUUCUUUUCCUUCUCCCCAUAUCCUUACCUCCUCUCCUUCUCGUAGCCUUAAGGUCAGGGGUGGGGAGCCUGUAGCCUUCCAGAAGAUGCUCAACUGCAGCUCCCAGCAACCCUGGCCGUUGGCCACGCUGGCUGGGGCUGAUGGGAGUUGGAGUCCAGCAACCCUUGGAGAGGGCCCCCCACCCCUGCUCUCUAGGGUCUGAGGCGAGGGGGGCAGCCAGCAGUGCCCUGUGAGAAGGCUGCCGAACCCAAAGAGCCAAUUCAAGGCAGGCCGAGCCAAUGGUUGCUCUUCCUGCCUUCAGUGGAAAGGAGAGCAAGUUUUUAUCCCAUGGCUAACAGAGAACACAGACUUUUGCACCUGGGCUUUCCUCCUCUUCUCCUCCUGCAUUUUCUUUUUCAUUAUUUUGCUUUGGUCUGCUUAACAAAUGGUGAAUCAGGCAUUAGACAGAAAGGAAAAUGCCCAGACCCAGCCCUUCAGCUGUUUUCACAUAUUGGUUGCAACACAAUUUUCAGAAACACAAAGGUGUUUUUUUGUUUGUUUUUGUAUAGAUUUUGAAGGUAACGAGUCUAAUCUAGGACUCUGAUGCAGUUUUUUUUUGGGGGGGGGGCCGAAUCUGUAGGGUGUCCUUGGAGCCUGAGAAGUUUUAUCUCCCCGUCUUCAUUCACUACCUGCCUUCUCUCUUCCACCUCCACCUUCCAAGGCACGGAGAAGAAGGCUGCAUUAUAGGAAACGUCCAGACUUUUGCAACCUGGCUUAAGAAUGGUCCCAUGGUGGGUUUGAAUACCUUGGUCUCUUGCAAGAAAUAAGCUAUCCACGGGAAAGGCAACCUGCUCUUUUCCCCCCACAAGAGCCGGAAUGAAUUGCAAGUUGCUCUGACCACACAAAAGAACACUUCAACUUCCGUAUGUGCAAUCCCAGACUUUCUCGAAUUUUGUGUGUGCUGGCAGGAAAUCAGGAAAUGGAUCUGCGGCAGGUUUUGACUUGGGUGCCAGAUGUGGGUGGCAAAGUUGAAAUCUCAGUGACAAGACUCGCAACUCCCUCCCACCCGACAAUUCUGGCUCGAAUUUUAAUUUUGGAAUCAGGAUUUUCUGAGUUUCGUAUUUGGAGGAACCUUGCCAAAUGUCGAACAUUGAGGUUUCAUUUAGGUCUGUUUUUUCCAUCUCCCUUCCACCUUCUUCUGAACUGCUUAUUUUGGGGGGAGUAAUUGCCAUUUUGUAGCUGUUCUUGGGGUGGGGUGGGGUCCGAACCAAGCAGUGGUGAGCUUGCUUGCACUUAAAUGCACCAGAUGCCAGAAUGAUGUGCUUUAAAUGUAAUUAGUCCAUUGCACCUGUGUCAUUGGACACACUGCAAAGGCAUAACCUUUCUGGAGAACUCUACGCAACCUUCCCAGCCAACCACCUCAUGCCUUGGGGUCUCCCUUUCAUUUGGGGUGGGGAGGGGUCGCUCUUGUGCAGUGGGAGAGUCUACAUUGCAGCUGUUUCCUAAACCUUUUUUUUUUAAUUUGGGAAAGUGAACAUUGAUUCCCCAUUCCCCUCAAGUAUCGCACCUGUGAAACAUGUUGGUAUUCUUACUCAAAUUUCACCCAUCUCCAUAAAUAUUUAGCUAGGCUGUUAGAAUUUUUUCCUUUUUUUGUUUUAGGAGCCAGGUCUUUAUAACCAAACUAAUCCCGUUAAGGUUUUAAAUUUUUCGCCCUUUGUUUUUUUUUAUAUUUUCGUGCCACACUUCAACCCCUUAGAUGUUUCUUGUAGUAGCUAAAAUGGCUACUUGUCUGAAAGACAGACUUUGUAAAGUUUGGUAGCUAUUAAUGGGAAUCCAUGGUCCUCAGAUAAAAUCUGCUUUUAGCCAAAAUGUACCCAGAGGGAACCGCGCUGAAACGAUAAGCAGCGGCAGGAGUGUGUUUCCAUUCUUGCACCGCUGCCUUAUUUCAGCGGCAUUUGCACAUGUCUUGCACAUUUCCAAGGUGCCUGCGCCUAUCAUCCUCAUGCUUUGAAAAUGAGGGUGAUCAGCUUUGGGAACCAGACUGCCGGGAAAUGCCUCAUUGGAUCGCCACUCUUUGCACUAUACCAAACUGCACAAGGAUUUGAGGGUUUUUUUUGGGGGGGGUAUGAUGUUCUUUAAGAAAUCGAAUGGUAGCAAAGUUUGCAUUUUUAAGGCCCACCUCCCCGUAAUACACAAGGUGAACGUUAGGUGGUUGGGGAGGUUUAUCCUGUUAACUUUGGAAAAGUAUGGCUUCCAUUUUUGUAGAGGGAAUGAACCUCGCUCCCCACCUGCAGCUUUCUCUCUCCCUCUCACUUUAAGCAAAACUGCACUGGCUGGUGAGAGAGGUAGUUCUUCUCUCUCCCUGCCGCCCCCGCCCCCCCAUUUUUUAAAAAAGCUUUGCUGUGCAGUCUCUUGCCUGCAGUGGAAUGGACAAAGUCCUCCCGGGUUGUUAACGUUGGAAGAUAAUCAGCCCUUUUCCCAUCGCCCCUAUUCAAAGUGGCCUUUUGGAGACGAAGGCUGCAGUCCUUUGUGUGCUUACAUAGCAGGACGCCCUCUUGCGGGACCUGCUUCUGAGUAAGCAGUCAGAUUGUGCUGCAUGGCAAGCAUGUGUGUGUGUGUGCGCAGAGGGAGCUUUAUUUUAUAUAUAAAUAUAUAUAUAUAAAAGCAGCUUUGGAAUCUGUUAAAAAAUUCAGAUUAUUUUAUUGUAUGAAAUCUCGGGUGCCACACCUUAGAGAGAUUAGGGCAGCAGCUCUCCAUUGAAUGUAGACUUACUCCUGAGUAAGCGUGGGCAGGAUUGUGCUCCAAGGGUCUGGAGCUUGCUUGUAAGCACUUGCAUGUGAACCCAACUGAAGUGAAUGGGACUUACCUCUGAGUAAACGUGGUUAGAACAUGAGACCAACCCUAGAUGUUCAAGAGAGGCACAUGGAACAACAGACUGUACCGUUUCAAGAGUAUAAAUUGGGGGUGUUGCUGGUACCUCUCCAAUAUUCAUGCACAGUUUUAAAAGCAUGGCAGAGUAAAUGCGAAGUUGGAAUCUUUCUCGCAUGCUUGUUUUGUAUAUCCAGGGGAUUUUCUAACCUGGAACAGCAGCAACUUCCACUGCCUGCAGUAGGAAGCCACUAUAAGCGCCAGCAGCAGAAGACUGUGAAAACAAUCCUAGUCAUAGGAACUUGGCUUGUCAAGGGAUGAGCCCCCACCCUUCUCUGUUAAAUAGACUGCCACCUUGUGGCUGGAGGUCAAGUGGUACUUUUGCCCCAAUGGCACUUGACCUAGAGCAGGCACCCCCAAACUUUGGCCCUCCAGAUGUUAUGGAGUACAAUUCCCAUUUUCCCCGACCACUGGUCCUGUUAGCUAGGGAUCAUGGGAGUUGUAGGCCAAAACAUCUGGAGGGCCGCAGUUUAGGGAUGCCUGCCCUAGAGCAACCUUUUUCAAUACUGAGUCCCCAGAUAUUGGACUGCAACUCCCCAUCAUCCCCGCCCUCUGGUCCUGCUAGGUAGGAAUGAAGUGACACAAAGGAUCUGGUGUAUACACCAUGCCCUCUAGGUCUCAGAAGCUGUAAAGUGGACUGUGGAAUUUGAAUCUUUCCAGUAGAAUCGAAGCUUUUUAAGUUGGCAACCUUACUCCAUUUUCUUCCUCCCCCCCCCCCGCCCACUUACUUAAACCAGCAAGCCUCUGCUUUAACUUCAAAUGGCAAAAGAAAAUACUAAAAGAAUAUUGACAGCCUUAGAGGCUAUUUUCUUAUGUUAUUGGGUUAAAUCAGUGGUUUCCUUGCACUUGUUCCUCCCACAAGAAACCAAUUGAGAUGAGGGCUUAUCUGCACUUCCUCUCGCCCAGUUGCUCCCCUCCCCCUGAAAACCGCCCUCUAGUGUUCAAUUGAGCAAACUGCAAUCGGGUUUUCUGCAGAUUGCUACGGUAUUCGUUGUUUGGAGGAAACGGCUCAGAACUGUGCUUCCUAGGCAUUGGAGAAGCGCAAGUGUGGACAAGCCCUGACACAGUUGCAUGAAAUUUGCAUAUGAUGGUUAAUAUGUAUAGGAGCACAAACAUGUUGACUUGCAGAUUGGGGGAUAGAUAGGAGUCACAUGGUCAGAUGCAAAAGGCUUGGGCCUCCUGGGUUUUAACAGCACCCCUGGUGGGAGGGCUUUUUGUCCUCAGAAAUUUCAGCAGAAACAAAACACUUUAAAAACGCAGCCCAGACUCCUCGAGCACUCCAUGGGUGUUUGCAUUUCAACUGGGAUGUUCACAGCUUGAAAUCUAACCUUAACUGUGCUAAAAUACCAUCACUUCUAAAUCACCGUAAGCCUUAAUAAAGAGAGAGAGAGAGAGAGAAACUCAGGCAAGUAAUAAAAAGGGAGGUGGGAGAGAUACCUUUCCGCAAGUAAAAUUUGCAGUGCCCAGUGGUGAUCUCCAGCUAACAUGUUGUAUCUGUGCAAGGAUUUGAACUUGUGCAGUAGAUUGCCCUCCUCUACACCCCCUCCCUGCACAUGAUCCUAAAUUUUCUCUGGAUGGUUGGUGGUGGGAACCCAUAGCAUAUUUAGGAGAGAGCAUUGGGGGGGGGGGAAUCUAUUGCACUAGUUUAAAUCUGUGUGCUGACAGAACAAGUUCCUUAGUUCUACUUUGUAUAUACCUCCUGUACUGCAGGCAGUUGGAAAAGUCAGUCAAACAUGAAUUAGGUUCUGCCCUGUGCAUACCUUUUGGACAUUUUAACAUUUGAGUGGGAUUAUAGCCAUUAACUAAAUCCUCAAACAAGGGCGAUCAGAUAAAACAGAAUAAAAGGGUCUUGGGAGUAGGUUGGGGAAAAUACCAGGCUUUUCAUUGGCAUCCUAUCUGUUAAAAACUCCCUGCAGGUAAAAAGCUAGCACAACAUAGAGCAGAGCUGCGUGAGAUCCCUUCUCAAUAUGCUGAAUUUCCACUUCCAGGGAGUUGUUUUAUGAAGGGUUUGCAUUCAACUCUGGUUUCUACAAGCUGCUGCUGCUGCUGCUGCUCGUGUAGGCUAAAAGCCAUUUUAAUGGCCAGACUGGUCUGGCCCAAGACCGUGCCAGCCAAGAAUGCCCUCUGUUCUUACUGGUCAAGAGCUGUUGGGUUAGAUUAGGUCCUUAGUGGGGAGACGAGGAUGGCUGGUAGUUUCCAAAUGGAGAUCAACACAGAGCAAUGUUCCCCUACCCUCCUUUUUGUGAGGGACUCUGGCUUCUCUGAGGAAAGGUUGCCAUUCCGCAACCUCCCUAAACAGUUUCUUUGCCAUUAGCAACUGCAAGCAGCAGAGAAUACAUGCAAGAAUUCCCCAGCGUAAAGAUGCUUUCAACUUGAUUCAUAUUUAUGGCUUUGUCUUUUCUGUACAUUGCUUUGAAUAUCAAUCUAGCAAAGCAAAACAACACAUUAAAAAAAUAGUGGGACAGCUCACUCUUGGCAGGUGCAACAAAAUUGGGGUCAAAUUGCCGGCUGCGCCUUGCAUCAGUGGAAUGUGGAACAUGCCUGUUGGUUCUGGGAAUCAUCCCUGGCAGGACUAGACGGUCUGUAAAUGAGGAUUGGACAGUGUGUCAACUUGAUCAUAAUCUCAGAUCAGAGGCGGCCGGGUUCAGAAGCAGUUUGUGGGCGUUAGGCAUUAUUGCUGUAUUCUGCUUUUCCGAGAAUGGUCGGAGGUGAGAAACUGAUUUUGCCACAGUAUCCCAAACCCUCCUUGGAGGUUGCAAGGCUCUGAGAUUAAAUUGGCACUUCCUUUUUGUAGCUGGGGCACCUGCAGUUAGGGAGAGCGUGUAGUUUUGACAUUGAAUGUAUCUUCCCCAUGUUUUGAUGACUAUUUUUUUUUAGGGCCACAGGCAGACAAAUCCUGUUCUAGAUCAAGAAUGAUCUCCCACCUGUGAGACACAACUCAGCUGGGAGAGCUAUUAGCCAAACACAAACACACACUUCUUUUGUGUGUGUGUAUAAAAAUAGCAAGCGAAAACAUUCCUAAGUGCUGCCACAGCAAGAAAUGUAUUUUGAAAAGCUUUUUUUUAAACAAAAAACAAAAA